AUGGAAGGAACCAUGAGGGAAUGCCUGCUUUGCACAGAGCUAUAUAAUGAUAAUAUAAACAAGCCAAAAGUACUUGCAUGUGGACAUACAUUUUGUGAAGCUUGCUUAAUAAAAACUUUGAAAUUAUCCCAGCCUUGUCCAAUGUGCCAAAAAGAAAUCAGGGAGAUAUCUGUUUCAAGAAUACCCACAAAUUUCGCUCUAAUACCAAAUAACCCUACUCCGAAACCAAAGGUAACGAAUAACGCCCAAUUUGCCCAAAAAUACGAUACACAUGGUGGAUAUCCUGCUCAAUGAAAUCCAUACUCAAAUGUAGCAACACGAAGUGUUCCUAUCGUAAACGCUCAGCAAGAUAGGGCUCUGCAAGAAGAAAGGAAGCAGAUGCAAAGCUUUGCUAACACUAAAGUAAAAGAAUUCUCAGAAUUCGAUGAAACACUCGAAAAAUCAAAACAAAGCUUGAAGAAGUGAUGUGCCUACGCAAAUGAUAUAAAUCUUAAAUCAAGAUCUCAGCUCCUCGAAAAAAUCCAAAAAGCGAAACAAUUUAUUGAUGAAGUUGAAAAAUGGUGUAUUGAGGGUUCUCAAAGCUGCAUAGAUUACAACAUUGGUAUUGUCAAUGAAAGUAUUUCUAUAAUUGAUACAAAAAGAAAGGCAGUGCUGAACUGUCUUGGGAUUUUACAAAAUGUAUUAAGAGGGAUUAACAUAGACAAAAAUACCCUCAAUAGCCAACUGAGCCAGAUAUCUACAAACGAGGUUCCAGGAGUUGAUGUAGAGUUUUAUACAAAUGUAUAUGAAUCAAGCUGGAAUUAUACAAUUGCUUCGCCACAGAGUAGCCUAAAUAAAUAUAAAAUAAAGGAAUUUGAAGUCAUGUCAACGACUCCAAAAGUAGUGGAAAACUUUGAAAACUAUGAGUGGCACACCAUUGAUCCAAAAACUGGAGAUAGACGGCAAGAGCGCUAUAUUGAAGAGCAAAUAGAACUUGGAUAUAAAAAUAGAGAACCGAAGCGAAAAAUUAUUAAUAAGUUUGGGUUUGUUAUAGCUACCAUUGAUUACGCAAACAAAACAUUUAUUUUAAAAAAAUCGAAAAAGCUGCUUACUUUACAGAGAGUUCAAGUUUAA